AUGGACAUAUUCGAGCUCUCGAUAAUGUUUAUUUUCCUGUUUUCAUCAGUAGUGGCAAUCGAAAAACACAAUGAACUAAUAGAUUCUAAUGAUUCUAUUGAUACAAAUGAAGUUUUUGACAAAAUCUUAAUUUUUGUGAUUGCUGAAGUAAAGGGAAAUGGUGUGACAGGUUUACUUACUGCCUUUUACUCUCAUGAAUUCAACCGAUGCCUAUCUCUUGCAGAAUCUCAAUCUGAAUCUUAUCAUUUAAAAGUUGAUCACUCUAAAACAUGA